UCAUAUUCAAAGUAUGAAAUAUUCAUAAUCUUCUCCUUCAAACACUCAAUAUUUUCCAUAUAAUACCCAACAAAGAAACAAAAUUAAAGUCUAAGACCCUAAACCCACGAUAUUAAUAAUGUAAAUGCAAAGGAAAAGGUCCUCCUUUUGUUUAAACACUUCGAUUUUCGUUCCUCUCACUAUAAAAUUAUGAUCAAAUGCUUCUCUCCUCAUUCAUUCCUCUCUUCAGCAGUCAUUUUUCCUCUCUGAAGAAGUACCCUACAAUCGUCAGCGGCGUGUAAAGUUCAUUCCGUUUUAGUUUUUGGCAUCUGGGUUAGAGCUACAAUGGCUGUUGGUGCAAGUUCAAUGGCAGGUUUGGUGUGUUCAAAUUCUGGGAUGGAGCAUGUGUUGGUUGAGAAUGAAGUGCAACAGGUUAAGUUGCUUGACUCAGUCAAUGAUGACUUUGGAGGUGUCAUUGUGGAAUUGAGCGAGGCUAUGGAUUUAAAGGUGUUUGCUUCAAUGCUCAAAGCUUCAAUUGCUUUAUGGAGAAGUCAGGGUAAGAGGGGUGUUUGGAUCAAAGUACCUAUUCAACUGGUCAAUCUUGUAGAAGCUGCUGUCAAGGAAGGGUUCUGGUUCCACCACGCAGAGCCAAAAUACUUAAUGCUUGCUUUCUGGAUCCCUGAAGGUUCUCAUACUCUUCCGGCGAAUGCCUCUCACCGUGUGAGUAUUGGUGCAUUUGUCAUGAACAAAAAGAGAGAGGUGCUUGUGGUCCAAGAGAAAUGUGGCAUAUUUCGAGGGACAGGUAUAUGGAAGCUCCCUACUGGAGCUGUGGACGAGGGAGAAGACAUACGUGCAGGUGCAAUGAGAGAAGUCAAAGAAGAGACAGCAAUUGAUACGGAAUUUGUGAAAGUACUAGCAUUCUGGCAAAGCCACAAAUCAUUCUUUGGGAAGUCAGAUUUAAUCUUUGUAUGCAUGUUACGACCCCUCUCCUUUGACAUCCAGAAGCAGGAGACAGAAAUAGAGGAUGCUCAGUGGAUGCCGUGGGAUGAUUAUGUAGCUCAGCCAUUCGUCGAAAACCAUGAACUUUCGAAGCAGUUACUUGACAUAUGCAAAGCAAAAGAAGAUGAAACCUAUUUCGGGUUUUCUCCGGUGCCCAUCGCAUCAAAACUUCAAGAUCAGAAAAGUUAUCUGUACUUGAAUGAUCGAGACCUGAAAGGCAGUGAAGUCUGAAUGUCUCUCACAACUCAGAAUUAUGCUCACAACUCAGAAUUAUAGUAGGAAACAGCAUGGCCUGAGUAACUCUCUCAACCAUGAUAAUUAUAGUAUA